UUUAUCAGUGGUCGUUACUUUUAAGCCUGGCAUAAUUCUUUUGCAACAAUGAAGGAGAAAAAUUGAGCGUGAAAAAAGCAAUACAAUUCAAACGCUUGCUUUUCAACAGAAAAUUGCUGCUAAAAUUUUUUAAACCGUUUUUUGGCGCUCUAAUAAAAGAUUGUCAUAAGCUUGAAAGAAUCAGCAAACAUGGCUAGGUUAUGUCGCAUCAAAAAACGCACCCUUUUCUUGGCAGUUUUUGCCAAAAUUUUAUUGGGUGCUUUGGUUAUGCACUUUUACGCUAGCUCUAUAGGCACUGAAAAUUAUCUAGCCGAAAGAAUUGAGCAACAAGUAGAGCCUGAAAUAUUAGAGGGCAGCUACAAAGACCAAGAAACAGAUCAAAACGAAGACCAAAUUGACCACAAGGCCGAAAACGAUCAACAAAACGAUUACAAACAUUCAGAAGAAUCCGAUCCAAAGCAGAUUCAGAUGAACAAUGACCUAGCUGAUUUUGACAAUUUAGCCAAACGGAACCUCAGCAAACUUGCCAUUUUAAUGAGUCACUACAUUGUUCGUGAUGACACGAGGCCAAAAACUUGUCAUUUAAGGAAUAACUCACAACUUCACGACCCAAAAGUCAAAAGCAAAACUGAAAACUCGACUUCGAUUUUAAUCAUGCUUUACAACGAGACUGAGAGCCUCAUAUACGCUGAAGUUGCGAGUAUCGUACGAAUGACCGAAGCGAGCUUUAUCAAAGACAUUAUCAUAUUCGUAUACGGUCCGGCUGAAUUAAGCCAGAGUUUUUUGACAUUCUGGGACGAUCUGGAUUAUGAAGAAGAAAAAAGACUAGGUUACAACAUCGAACUCGUUCGGAGACCAAUGCCAAUCCACGAGGCCAGGAAUCACGCGGUUGCUGUGGCACAGGGUCAGGUGGCGGUGUUUCUUCACGCGCGGCUGGAAGUUCUGACUGGGUGGCUGGAACCUAUUUUGACCUCAAUUGUAGUCGAUGACAACUGGAACAGGGUGGCGGUUUUUGCGGCAGACGAAACAGAACACACCAACAACAAGCAGAUGGAACACAUUCCUUGGCACCUGCAGACGGUUCCCGAGUGGAGUCUGGUCGAGGUGCAGCUCCACGAACUGGACACUCACACGCGCCAGCUGAGACUCCCAGACCCCCAUCCAGACUCCAGUCCCAUCCGCACACCCCUCUUCUUGUGGUCCAUGUUUGCGAUAAGCACUGAGUUCUAUAAGAAUAUCGGAGGAUACGAGACUAAAAUGAAAAGCACAUAUUCGCGAUCAGGAGAGGACGCUGAGUUCGGUUCGAGGGUGUGGAGAUGUGGCGGGGAAAUUUAUGUGAUACCCUGUGCCAAAAUAACUCAAUCCAAUUUGCCACUUGGGGAGGAUCACAAACUCAAGAAAAAAGACAUGGAUUAUAACCUGAUGGUCAUGGCCCAUAGUUAUGGCCUAGAAAACCAUGAAAUGUUCAAACUGUGGAAUCGAGACUACGACCAUUCAGUUUUGACGGAUGCUUCUGAGCUUCCUAUACUGGACAGUAGCAAGUGUCCAAAUAUGAAAAGUUUCUCGUGGUUUCUGAACGAGAUUGUUCCGGAAAUGUGGGCUAAAGAAUCUCUUUUAGCACUCGGAACAAUCCGAGUUGCAAACAGCAGUUUCUGCAUCGACAACUUUGAGGGAAACGAGCCGAGGUUGUACAGCUGUCACGGUAUGUCUUCACAGCGAUUCAUGUACUUAAAAGACCGUCUUCAAAUUCAAAACGUGUUACGUAAGUGUAUGGAAGUUUCCGAAAAUGGUCAAGAGGUGGAUGGGCAAAUUCCGCUUAUGCCAGUUCGUUAUUGCAAUGAUGAAGAGGUGUGGCCGUAUACACAAUGGGAGUAUGAGCCAAACAGGGGGAACAUAGUUCACAAGGCGACUAGAAAGUGUCUCACCGUUGAUGGAGAGCUUUCUUUAGGGACUAAAUUAGUAAUCAAACCUUGCGAGGAAGAAAAACACUCACAAAACAAACAGAGUUGGCAUCUGGAGUUCAUUUAGCACUAAUAGGUUAACCUAUUCAAGUCGUUGGUUCUUAAUAAACUCGACCAGUUUGUUAGAUCAAAUAAAAAUCUCCAAUUCAUAACUACUGCUGUGAUUUAUACCUUUUUUGUUAACGGUGUCGGGCAUUUUUUAAAAGUAGGAAAAUCAUAAUUUUGACAAUGGAAAAUGUAUCAUUCAUGAUAGUGGCUGGCCGAUUAUUGUUAUCGCCGCUGGAAGCAAUCAAAAGAUUAUACUUAAU